CGACCGGCGAUGGCCGCGGCGAAACCCCAUUUCCUGCCGCACGCCGCCUUCGCCACGGCCUCCUCCUCCUCCUCCCGCUCCCCCUCCGCCGCCGCAGAUGCCGAGGCCGGCCUCGCCGUCUUCCGCCUCCUCCUACCGCCGUCCUUCUCCGACGCCGACACCAUGCGCCUCUACGCCGCCGUCAACCCACUGCGCCGCCGCACCGCCGCGCUGCAGGUCCGCGUCGAGCCCCUCGACCCCGCCGCCGCGGGAGGCCGCGUCGUCGCCGCCGUCCUCGGCCCUGCCGCAACCGUCCGCCGCGCCGAGGCCUCCUCCUCGUCCGCGGAGCCCCUCGUGCUCUCGCCCGCGCAGGAGGCGCUCUUCGCUGUGCUCGACGCCGAGGGGGCGCUCUACUGCGCCGACCAGGAGGGGCCCCGCGGCGGGAAGGGCGGCGGCCCGUCCGGGUGCGCCACGUGCCUGCUCCUCGUGGACGCCGACCGGCUCCAGGCGGCGACCGCCGGCGGGGGCGUCCUGGGGAGGAUCGCCCUGGAGGCCGGCGCCUACGUGCGCGUCGUGCCGUGGGAGGAGGCCGCGCCGCAGCCGCAGGGGCAGCCGCCCGAGGAGGUCGUGGAGAUAACUGGAGAUAGGACUGCUGUAAGGAAAGCUCUAGUUGCUUUGUCUAGCUGUCUUCAAGGUGAUCAGCCAGUUGACGGCUCAACAACUUCUGUUAACAAAGAAGGUUCAAUGCUCCCAUGGGCAUCUUCAGAAGUGCCUGAGCCUAAUGUGGGAAUAUUGUUCUCGGAGGCAUCCACAGAGUUUGCACAAGGCAGUGUCCCUAAGGCUGAUUGUCCAGAAUGUAAUACAGGACAUGUUCAAAGCAAAGGUCUUCAGCAAGUUUCAUUCAGACUUCUCUUGCCUACCUAUCUUGCUGGAGGUUUGAUUGGCAAGAAAGGCUUGAUUAUCAAAGGUAUUGAAGAGGAAACUGGUGCUUGUGUUGAUGUUGGUGCUCCUGUUACUGGUUGCAGGGAGCGUGUGAUAACAAUUUGUGCCCUAGAGAGCCCAGACUCGGAAUAUCAUAUAGUGCAAAGCGCACUACUGCUCGUAUUUGACAGAAUGAUGGAGUUGGAAAGCAACACGCGCUCUACAUUUGAGAAGACAUCUCAAUUCUCGGCCAGGGCCCUUGUGCUCAAAAACCAAUGUGAUUGUUUAGUUGGUUUGGGGGGUUCUAUAAUCAAGGAAAUGGUGAAUGCAACAGGAGCAAGAAUUCAAAUAUUGAAUGAUACAGAUGUUCCUGAAUGUGCCUCAAGCUUUGAACUAGUUGUACAGAUCACUGGGGAGCUAAUGAAUGUCAGGCAUGCUUUAUGCCUUGUUUGCUGGAAACUGCGUAAUCAUGUUUUCUGCUCCAAUGGAACCGACUACAACAAUGGAUAUAUUCCCUCCUCAGGUAUUGCUGAAUCAAAUGCAAUCAGCCAGGCAAAUAUUUAUUCAACAAGCCAAUAUUCAAUGGACAAUGCCCAUAAGGUUGAUCAUGAACCCUCUCUCAGUUACGGAAUGGACUCUGUGGAUAAGACUUUCAGUUCCCUAGAGCUCAGUUCUUCAGAAAUUCAGAAACAUGAUAACUGGAAUGCUGCCAUGAUCGACAAUUCAGAUAAUGGGAUUCAGAAACCUACUGAGCCGAAUGACAUUGUAGUCAACAAUUUGAAUCAUGGAAUUAUAUUUCCAGAGGAAAACAAUCUUGCGAGGGAAGUUCAGCAUGCUGCGAUAACAAGAAUCACAUAUGAAACUGCUGUUUCUGGGAGCAUCCUAAAUCUUGUCUAUGGAGAUGGAAACAACCUGGCCCAGCUUACAGAGAUCUCUGGUGCAGACAUUGCCGUCUACGACCCACCUUCUGAGGGGAAUGAAGCUAUGAUCGUGGUAUCUGGACCGCCAGAUCAUGCACAGUCCGCUCAGCGCAUGCUCGUUGAGUUGAUCCUACAGGGACAAUGAUGAGCGACUGGAACGACCGCCAGCAGACCUUCGCGAUGUCUCUUGAUUGGGUGCGAUAGCUAACGUUGAUGGGAAAUAGUAGUUCCAGACGUACACAUUGCUGUUUUCCAGUGUAUGGCGAGUGGUGUAUACAACGAUGGUGGAGAGGCAGACUGUUUUUUGUUGGGCAACUGAUGUUACGAUUGGAAUUUGGAAAGCGUAUUUAACUAUUUGUCUCUGCA